GAUGCACCGCAGAUAAUACGAUUAAAGGUUUAUUGGGAACAAAAGCCUCUUACGUCAUUGUUUCUGUCCGAAACCUGGCGGUUGAAACAUUCUCUCUUAACAAAGGACUGCCCUUCUGAAUGAAUGGACAAAAAAGCAGGAUAACACAGAUAAAAUAUAACAUUCUCCGCAGUAAUGGCAGGAGGUCGGUUCUCACCAGCACUGCUGGUGCUUCUUUGCCAUGUUCUCUUUGGCAGCUCUUCCUUCCAGCCGGCUCUGGUGCUGGACAUGGCAAAAAUUCUCCUCGACAACUACUGCUUCCCUGAGAAUCUGGUUGGCAUGCAGGAGGCCAUUCAGCAAGCCAUCAACAGUGGAGAAAUCCUCAAAAUAUCUGACCGCAAGACCUUGGCAUCUGUGCUGACAGUUGGUGUGCAGGGUGCACUCAAUGACCCUCGACUAACUGUGUCCUUCGAGCCAAACUUUGUCCCAGUGAUGCCGCCCGCCCUCCCUUCUCUCCCCACUGAGCAGCUCAUCCGUCUGGUCAGGAACUCUGUGAAGCUGGAGGUCCUGGAGAACAACGUGGGUUACCUGAGGAUCGACCAGAUCAUAGGGGAGGAGACGGCCGCCAGGCUUGGCCCGCUGCUCCGGGACAACGUCUGGAACAAGGUCGCCAACACCUCCUCGUUAAUCUUUGACCUGCGCUACAGCACAGCUGGGGAGCUGUCCGGAGUCCCGUUCAUCAUCUCCUACUUCUCCGACCCAGAACCUCUCAUUCACAUUGACACUGUGUUCGAUCGACCCUCCAACACCACUAAGGAGCUGUGGACUAUGUCAUCUAUCAUGGGAGAGCGGUACGGAAAGCGAAAAGACCUCAUCGUAUUAACCAGUAAGCGUACUAUGGGUGCGGCUGAGGCAGUCGCCUACACUCUGAAGCAUUUGAAGAGGGCGAACAUUGUUGGAGAGAGGUCAGCCGGGGGGUCAGUGAAAGUGGAGAAGAUAAGAAUAGGAGAUUCUGGUUUCUACAUCACAAUUCCAGUGGCCAGGUCAGUGAACCCAAUAACAGGCCAAAGCUGGGAAGUGAGUGGAGUAUCUCCCUCUGUAAAUAUCAAUGCCAAGGAGGCUGUUGCUAAUGCCCAAAAUCUACUGGCGGUCAGGAGUGCCAUUCCAAGGGCCAUCCAGAGCGUCUCUGACAUCAUCAGGCAGUACUACUCAUUCACAGACAGAGUACCGGCUUUCCUUCAACAUCUGGAAUCCACUGAUUUCUUCUCUGUCAUUUCAGAGGAGGACCUGGCGAAUAAACUCAACAACGAACUGCAGUCUGUGUCAGAGGACCCUCGUCUGAUGAUCAAACUGACCCAAGAUCACCCGAUUAUCAUUGAGGAAGACUUUGAACCUGAGAACAUAACAGGUGAUCCAGCAUUUCUCAGGAACCUGGUGGAUACAGUCUUCAAAGUACGCAUCCUAACUGGAAACACUGGUUAUCUCCGCUUCGACAAGUUUGGAGACGUGUCAGUGAUGGCCAAACUAGGAGAGCAGAUUGCGCAAAAAAUCUGGGAGGCCCUCAAAGACACAGAGAACCUCAUCAUCGACCUGCGAUACAACACAGGCGGGUCCUCAGCUUCAAUGGGCAUCCUGCUCUCUUUCCUCCAAGACCCGUCACAACAGUUCCACUUCUUCACCAUAUACGACAGGAUCCAGAACACCACCACUGAGUUUAACACGCUUUCUGGCCUCCUAGGCCCACCCUACGGGUCUAAACGUGGAGUGUACAUCCUGACUAGUCACUAUACCGCCAGUGCAGGAGAGGAAUUUGCUUAUCUGAUGCAAUCGCUGCACCGUGGCACCCUCAUCGGGGAAAUCACAUCUGGGACCCUUAUGCACUCCAAGUCAUUCCAGGUGGAAGACACAAACAUUGUCAUCACCGUCCCCUUCAUAAACUUCAUAGACAACAACGGGGAGUGCUGGCUAGGUGGAGGCGUGGUCCCCGAUGCCAUAGUGCUUGCUGAGGAGGCCGUGGACCACGCCCAUGAGAUAAUAGAGUUUCACAAGGAGGUUCUGUCACUGGUGGAGGGGACAGGGGAGCUCUUGGAAGUACACUAUGCCAUCCCUGAGGUCGCCAACAAGCUCAGUAGAGUGCUGCUCACCAAAUGGGCCGAGGGCUCAUAUCGAUCGGUGGUCGACUAUGAGUCUCUGGCAUCCCAGCUAACAGCUGACCUCCAGGAGACGUCAGGCGACCACCGGCUGCACAUAUUCUACUGCGACAUCGAAACCGAGUCUCUGCAUGACAUGCCAAAAAUCCCGACAGCUCAGGAGGUGGGUUACAUCAUUGACACGCUGUUCAAGAUCGAGGUGAUGCCCGGGAACGUGGGCUAUCUGAGGUUCGAUAUGAUGGCAGACAUAGAAGUGAUGAGAGCCAUCGGCCCUCAGUUGAUCAAACUGGUGUGGAGCAAGCUGGUGAACACGGACACAAUGAUCAUUGACAUGAGAUACAACACAGGUGGUUACUCCACAGCCAUACCGCUCCUUUGUACCUACUUCUUCGAUGCUGAGCCCCUGAGGCACCUUUACACCGUCUUUGACCGCUCUACAACCACCAUGACCGAGGUCAUGACCCUGCCUCAGAUCCAGGGUCAGAGGUACGGUUCCACCAAGGACAUCUACAUCCUUACUAGUCAAAUGACAGGGUCAGCUGCCGAGGUGUUCACGCGGGCCAUGAAGGACCUGAACAGGGCGAAGGUGAUUGGGGAGCCGACCAUCGGAGGAUCCCUGUCCAGCGGCACCUACCAGAUCGGGAAUAGUAUCCUGUAUGCUUCCAUACCUAACCAGGUGGUCCUGAGUGCUGUUACUGGGAAGUCUUGGGAGGUCACCGGCGUGACGCCCGAUGUUGAGGUCGAUGCUGAAGAUGCCCUGGCUGUUGCCAUUAAGAUCAUUAACCUACGUGCCGAGAUCCCUGCCAUCCUCGAGGCAACUGGAGCUCUGGUGGCCGACAACUACGCCUUUGAGAAUGUGGGAGCGGACGUUGCAGAGAAGCUGGCGGCAGCGAGCGGCGACUACAACUUGAUCUCUUCAAAGGUGGAUCUGGAGACGAAACUCUCCGCUGACCUCAUGAAACUGUCUGGAGACAAGUGCCUGAAGACCACACACAACACCCCACCCCUGCCACCAAUGAACCCAUCUCCAGAGAUGUUCAUUGAGCUGAUCAAGGUCUCCUUCCACACGGAUCUGUUUGAGAACAACAUUGGCUACCUGCGCUUUGACAUGUUUGGUAACUUCGAGGAGGUUCAGGCCAUUGCCCAGAUCAUCGUGGAGCAUGUGUGGAACAAAGUUGUUAACACUGACGCUCUGAUUGUUGAUCUCAGGAACAACGUUGGCGGGGCCACCACUGCCAUUGCGGGCUUCUGCUCCUACUUCUUUGAUGCAGACAAGCAGGUCUUGCUGGACAAACUGUACGACAGACCGUCUGGCACCACUAAGGAGCUGUGGACUCUACCUGAGCUCACAGGUGCGAGGUAUGGCUCCAAGAAGAGCCUGAUCAUCUUGACCAGCAGAGCCACGGCCGGCGCCGCCGAGGAGUUUGUCUACAUCAUGAAGAAGCAUGGUCGGGCCAUGAUCGUGGGCGAGACCACCAACGGUGCCUCACACCCCGCUGAGACCUUCCGCGUGGGCGACAGUGAUGUGUUCCUGAGCAUCCCCACCACCCAUUCAGACACAGCCCAGGGCCCCGCCUGGGAGGGUGCCGGAGUCACCCCUCACAUCCCCGUGCCCGCCGACGCAGCCCUGGACACCGCCAAGGGCAUCCUCAACAAGCACUUCGCCGGUGCAAAGAAGUGAAGGCUCCAACCAACGAUGUUGGCAGCCAAAGGCGUUUAGGAUCUUAUGUUCUCAGAGGAGAGAAGUGUGUAGGGUACCGUUACAUGUAAUUGACCAAAUUUAGGCAACCAGCCUCUGCACCUAAGCCUUCUUUCUGUAGCCUGUUCUCGUUUUGCAAGAAAAUGUGAGAGGUUCUGAACCAGAUUGUGGUUUGUUUUUACUUAUAGUUUUUACUUCUGAAAACUACUGUGAUUGCAGAAUGAGUUAAGAACGUGUGAGUGAUUUGAAAUGUUAUACUGACAUGUGACUCUUAAAGGAGUGGUUCAGAAACUAUUUUUUUGUUUGAGUUACUGAUCCACUAGCCUUUGUGUCAAUGAUUUGUCAAAGCAGCUUCGAUCUUUGGCUGUCAAAAAUAAUGUGAAUUGUAAAUUGUGCGAGAACAGGAAAGCUGAAACUAGUUUAAAAAGCAGCAGUGGAUCAAGCGCUGAAAUAUUUGUAAUGACAUAUUUGCUUUUCCUAUGAUAUUCUUAUAUAAUUUCAAGUAACAUUGUUAGGACCUUUACAAACAAAUUGUCCUGUCUGUUGGGGGAGCACUCUUAAAUUUGAUGCAGGGUCUUUUUGCUGUGUAUGGGAAGUAGCGUUGUGUCCAUACAUAGUGACUUGCCAUGUGAGGACAUUUGGGUUGUAUCAAUUCCAAUGAUGGGACACAAUAAAGGCAAUGGAAACACAA